GUGCAAAGAUGACAAGACGUAACUUAAGAACAUUGACAUUUUAUCGUUUACCAAUGAAUCUAUCUAAGCUAUUUUUUUAUUUACAGAAUAACUUUGAGUCGCCAAAAGCGAUUGCAAUAUAGAUUUUUUUUUGGCAUUUUGAAUACGGCAUUGAAAGCUAAAAAUUUUGAAAGCCAAGGUAUAACCUCCCAGUUGGCACGAAUACAGAAGAGCUUGAUAGAGCACACGACUCGGCUUCAUUGUCGAAGGACAAUGAAGUUCUUUGUCUUCUUCGCAAUACUUUGGGUUUCUGCUGUGUUUUUUUCUCUCAAGGAUGCAGAAGGAGCCAAUCAGCAAGCUGAGAGCUUUCUUCAAACUUUGCAAGACCCUGGGAACAAAACCAAAACUAGCACAACUGGAAAACAUGCCAAUAAACACCAUCCGCCAGGCCACAGUAACAUAACUGAUAAAAGUAAACAACCUGAAACCAAUCAAGGUAAUAAAAGUCAAGAAAUGACCUUUGGCAACACCGCUGGAAGCGUUGGUCAACAAGGAGCCAACACGGGGAAUGUUGCUGUUGGCAAUCAACUCAAUAAAGGCCAAGGGAACAUCUUCGGUUACGGUGUGAACAAUCUUGGCAGUCUUGGAACUCUUGGUACUUUCGGCAAACUAGGAACCACCUCUUGGAAUAUUAAUGGUGCCAGUCAUGGCAUUACAGGAUCUGGGUUCCACUUUGGUAAUACCGUUAGUAAUGUUGGUCAGCAAGGAGCAAUUACAGGAAAUCAAGUCAACAAAGGUCAAGAAAUGACUUUUGGCAAGACAGCUGGCAGCGUCGGUCAGCAAGGGGUCAACGCGGGAAAUGUUGCUAUUGGAAAUCAAGUCAAUAAAGGCCUAUGGAACAUCUUUGGUCCCACUCUGGGCAAUCUUGGCAAACUAGGAACAUUCUCAUGGAAAUUUAAUGGUGCCAUUCCUGGAACUAAAGGAAAUGGGUUCAAUUUUGGCAAUACCGUUAGCAGCGUCGGCCAACAAGGAACCCAAACAGGCCAAGAAAUGAAGUUUGGCAACACUGGCGGAAGUGUCGGCCAGCAAGGAGCUAACAAAGGGAACGUUGCUAUUGGUAACCAACCCAAUAAAGGCCACGGGAACAUCUUUGGGUACACUGUGGGCAGUCUUGGCAGUCCCGAAAGCCUUGGAAAGCUAGGAGCCAUUUCAUGGAAUAUUAAUGGUGCCACUAAUACCAUCAACGGACAUGGAUUAACAUUUGGCAAUACACUCAGCAGUAUGGGCCAGCAAGGAACAUAUACGGGUAAUGUCGCUGUUGGCAAUCAAGUUAGCAAAGGCCAAGAAAUGACAUUUGGUAACACCGCUGGUAACGUUGGCCAACAGGGAGCCAAUAUGGGAAAUGUAGCUGUAGGAACCCAAGUCAAUAAAGGACAACAGCAUACUGGAAAUGUUGCUGUUGGCAAUCAACUUAACAAAGGCCAAGAAAUGACAUUUGGUAACACUGCUGGUAACGUUGGCCAACAGGGAGCCAAUAUGGGAAAUGUAGCUGUAGGAACCCAAGUCAAUAAAGGACAACAGCAUACUGGAAAUGUUGCUGUUGGCAAUCAACUUAACAAAGGCCAAGAAAUGACAUUUGGUAACACUGCUGGUAGCGUUGGCCAACAGGGAGCCAAUACGGGAAAUGUAGCUGUAGGAACUCAAGUCAAUAAAGGACAACAGUAUACCCAUACUGAAACCACUAGCAAUGGCCAACAAGGAAUCAACACAGGAAAUCUCGCAUUUGGUGGCAGCGUUGGCCAGCAAGGAGCAACCACAGGAAAUGUUGGUGUUGGCAGUCAACUCAAUAAAGCCCUUGGGAACAUCUUAGGUUACGCCGUCGACAGCCUUGGCAAAGCAGGAAACGUCUCGUGGAUUGUUACUGGCGCCAGUAAGGGCAAUAAAGGACACGAGUUUAUCUUUGGUAAAAACGUUGGUGGCGUUGGCCAACAAGGAAAUCAGGGUAAUAAAGGGCAAGAAAUAGCCUAUGGAAACACAGCUGGAGGCGUUGUUAUAGGAAAUCUUGCACCUACUAAUGAACUCAAUAAUGGCAAAGAAAGUACCUUAGGUUACACAAUUGGCAGUCUUGGCAAACUGGGAACGGUCUCGUGGAAUAUAACUGGUGCCGGUCAUGGCAUUAAAGAAAACGAAAUCAGCUUUGGUAAAAACGUUACAAGCGCUGCCCAACAAGGACCUACCACAGGGAAUGUUGCUGUUGGCAAUCAACUUAAUAAAGGCCAAGAGAAUCUCCUUGCUUACACAGUUAGCAGUCUUUGCAGACUUGGCAAACUAGGAACCAUCACAUGGAAUAUUAAUGGUGCCAGUCAAGGCAUUAAAGGUGCUGGAUUCAGCUUUGGCAAUAGACUUAGCAGCGUCGCCCAACAAGGAUACAACGCUGGGAAUGUUGCUGUUGGGAAUAAAAUCCAAGGGAACAUCUUUAGUUACACUUUGGGCAGUCUUUGCGAUCUUGGCAACCAAGGAAUAAUAUCAUGGAACAUUAAUGGAGGCAGUCAUGCCAUAAAAGGACAUGGUUUCAACUUUGGUAAUAAAGUAAACAUCGCCGGCCAAAAAGGUGCAGUCAAAGGGAACGUUGCUAUCAGUAAUCAAGUCAACAAAGGCCAAGAAAUGACUUUUGGCAACACGGCCGGUAGUAUAGGCCAGCAGGGGGUCAACGCAGGUAAUGUUGCUAUUGGCAAUCAACUCAAUAAAGGCCAAGGAAACAUCUUUGGCAACGCUCUGAGCAAUUUUGGCAAGUUAGGAACCAUCUCAUGGAAUAUUAAAGGCGCCGGUCAUGGCAUUAAAGGACAUGGUUUCAACUUCGGUAAUAAAGUAAACACGGUCGGCCAGCCAGGUGCCAUCAAAGGGAAUGUAGCUGUCAGUAAUCAAGUCAACAAAAGCCAAGAAAUGACCUUUGGCACAACAGCUGGCAACAUUGGCCAGCAAGGAAUCAACGCUGGAAAUGUUGCGGUUGGUAAUCAACUCAAUAAAGGUCAAAACCUGGGGAAUCUUGGCAAACUAGGAAGCAUCUCAUGGAAUAUUAAAGGCGCUAGUCAUGGCAUUAAAGGACAUGGUUUCAACCUCGGUAAUAAAGUCAACAUGGUCGGCCAACAAAAUGCCAUCAAAGGGAAUGUUGCUGUCGGUAAUGAGGUCAACAAAGGCCAAGAAAUGACAUUUGGUAAAACUACUGGUAGCGUUGGUCAGCAGGGAAUCAACGCUGGAAAUGUUGCUGUUGGCAACCAACUUAAUAAAGGCCAAGGGAACAUUUCUGGUCAAAUUCUGGGCGGUCUUGGCAAACUAGGUACCAUCUCAUGGAAUAUCAAUGGCGCCAGUCAUGGCAUUAAAGGACAUGGCGUCAACUUUGGUAACAAGGUAAGCGUCGUCGGCCAACAUGGUGCAGCCAAAGGGAUUAUUGCUGUCUUCAAUCAAGUCAACAAAGGCCAAAAAAUGACUUUUGGCAAGACAGCUGGCAGCGUUGGCCAACAAGGGAUCAACGCAGGUAAUGUUGCUGUUGGCACUCAGUUCAAUAAAGGCAAUACGAACAUCUUUGGCAACACUCUGGGCAAUUUCGGCAAACUAGGAAGCAUCUCAUGGAAUAUUAAAGGCGCUAGUCUUGGCAUUAAGGGACAUGGUUUCAACUUUGGUAAUAAAGUGAACAUGGUCGGCCAGCCAGGUGCCAUCAAAGGGAAUAUAGCUGUCAGUAAUCAAGUCAACAAAAGCCAAGAAAUGACCUUUGGCACGACAGUUGGUAGCGUUGGCCAGCAGGGGAUCAACGGUGGAAAUGUUGCUGUUGGAAAUCAGCUCAAUAAAGGCCAAGGAAACAUUUUUGGUAACACUCUGGGCGGUCCUAGCAAACUAGGAACCAUGUCGUGGAAAAUAAAUGGUGCCAGCCAUGGCAUUAAAGGACAUGGCUUAAACUUCGGCAAUAAAGUAAGCACCGUCGGGCAACAGGGAGCCCUUAAAGGGAAUGUUGCGUUGGGCAAUCAAGGCAGCAAAGGUACAGUUAUGACUUUUGGUAACAUUGCUGGUAACGUUGUUCAACAGGGGACCAACACCGGAAAUGUUGCUGUUGGCGCUCAACUCAAUAAAGGUCAAGGGAACAUCUUUGGUCACACUCUGGGCAGUAUUGGUAAACUAGGAACCAUUUCAUGGAAAAUAAAAGGUCCCAGUCAUGGAAUUGAAGGACUUGGUAUCAACUUUGGUAGUAAAGUCAGCAUUGCGAGCCAACAAGGUGCAAACAAAGGAAAUGUUGCCGUCGGCAAUCAAGGCAAUAAAGGUACAGUAAUGCACUUUGGCAAAACUGCUGGUAUCGUUGGGUGGAAGGGGACAAACGUAGGAAAUGUUGCUGUUGGCAAUCAAUUUAAUAAAGGCCAAGGGAACAUCUUUGGUCACACUCUGGGCAGUACUGGUAAACUAGGAACCAUUUCAUGGAAAAUAAAAGGUCCCAGUCAUGGAAUUAAAGGACUUGGUAUCAACUUUGGUAAUAAAGUAAGCAUUACUGGCCAACAAGGAGGCAACAAAGGAAAUGUUGCUGUCGGUAUUCAAGGCAACAAAGGUACAGUAAUGCACUUUGGCAAAACUGCUGGUAUCGUUGGGUGGAAAGGGACAAACGUAGGAAAUGUUGCUGUUGGCAAUCAAUUCAAUAAAGGCCAAGGGAACAUCUUUGGUCACACACUAGGCAGUAUUGGUAAACUAGGAACCAUUUCAUGGAAAAUAAAAGGUCCCAGUCAUGGAAUUGAAGGACUUGGUGUCAACUUUGGUAGUAAAGUAAGCAUUGCGAGCCAACAAGGAGGCAACAAAGGAAAUGUUGCCGUCGGUAUUCAAGGCAACAAAGGUACAGUAAUGCACUUUGGCAAAACUGCUGGUAUCGUUGGGUGGAAGGGGACAAACGUAGGAAAUGUUGCUGUUGGCAAUCAAUUCAAUAAAGGCCAAGGGAACAUCUUUGGUCACACUCUGGGCAGUACUGGUAAACUAGGAACCAUUUCAUGGAAAAUAAAAGGUCCCAGUCAUGGAAUUAAAGGACUUGGUAUCAACUUUGGUAAUAAAGUAAGCAUUACUGGCCAACAAGGAGGCAACAAAGGAAAUGUUGCUGUCGGUAUUCAAGGCAACAAAGGUACAGUAAUGCACUUUGGCAAAACUGCUGGUAUCGUUGGGUGGAAAGGGACAAACGUAGGAAAUGUUGCUGUUGGCAAUCAAUUCAAUAAAGGCCAAGGGAACAUCUUUGGUCACACACUAGGCAGUAUUGGUAAACUAGGAACCAUUUCAUGGAAAAUAAAAGGUCCCAGUCAUGGAAUUGAAGGACUUGGUGUCAACUUUGGUAGUAAAGUAAGCAUUGCGAGCCAACAAGGAGGCAACAAAGGAAAUGUUGCCGUCGGUAUUCAAGGCAACAAAGGUACAGUAAUGCACUUUGGCAAAACUGCUGGUAUCGUUGGGUGGAAGGGGACAAACGUAGGAAAUGUUGCUGUUGGCAAUCAAUUCAAUAAAGGCCAAGGGAACAUCUUUGGUCACACUCUGGGCAGUACUGGUAAACUAGGAACCAUUUCAUGGAAAAUAAAAGGUCCCAGUCAUGGAAUUAAAGGACUUGGUAUCAACUUUGGUAAUAAAGUAAGCAUUACUGGCCAACAAGGAGGCAACAAAGGAAAUGUUGCUGUCGGUAUUCAAGGCAACAAAGGUACAGUAAUGCACUUUGGCAAAACUGCUGGUAUCGUUGGGUGGAAAGGGACAAACGUAGGAAAUGUUGCUGUUGGCAAUCAAUUCAAUAAAGGCCAAGGGAACAUCUUUGGUCACACACUAGGCAGUAUUGGUAAACUAGGAACCAUUUCAUGGAAAAUAAAAGGUCCCAGUCAUGGAAUUGAAGGACUUGGUGUCAACUUUGGUAGUAAAGUAAGCAUUGCGAGCCAACAAGGAGGCAACAAAGGAAAUGUUGCCGUCGGUAUUCAAGGCAACAAAGGUACAGUAAUGCACUUUGGCAAAACUGCUGGUAUCGUUGGGUGGAAGGGGACAAACGUAGGAAAUGUUGCUGUUGGCAAUCAAUUCAAUAAAGGCCAAGGGAACAUCUUUGGUCACACUCUGGGCAGUACUGGUAAACUAGGAACCAUUUCAUGGAAAAUAAAAGGUCCCAGUCAUGGAAUUAAAGGACUUGGUAUCAACUUUGGUAAUAAAGUAAGCAUUACUGGCCAACAAGGAGGCAACAAAGGAAAUGUUGCUGUCGGUAUUCAAGGCAACAAAGGUACAGUAAUGCACUUUGGCAAAACUGCUGGUAUCGUUGGGUGGAAAGGGACAAACGUAGGAAAUGUUGCUGUUGGCAAUCAAUUCAAUAAAGGCCAAGGGAACAUCUUUGGUCACACACUAGGCAGUAUUGGUAAACUAGGAACCAUUUCAUGGAAAAUAAAAGGUCCCAGUCAUGGAAUUGAAGGACUUGGUGUCAACUUUGGUAGUAAAGUAAGCAUUGCGAGCCAACAAGGAGGCAACAAAGGAAAUGUUGCCGUCGGUAUUCAAGGCAACAAAGGUACAGUAAUGCACUUUGGCAAAACUGCUGGUAUCGUUGGGUGGAAGGGGACAAACGUAGGAAAUGUUGCUGUUGGCAAUCAAUUCAAUAAAGGCCAAGGGAACAUCUUUGGUCACACUCUGGGCAGUACUGGUAAACUAGGAACCAUUUCAUGGAAAAUAAAAGGUCCCAGUCAUGGAAUUAAAGGACUUGGUAUCAACUUUGGUAAUAAAGUAAGCAUUACUGGCCAACAAGGAGGCAACAAAGGAAAUGUUGCUGUCGGUAUUCAAGGCAACAAAGGUACAGUAAUGCACUUUGGCAAAACUGCUGGUAUCGUUGGGUGGAAAGGGACAAACGUAGGAAAUGUUGCUGUUGGCAAUCAAUUCAAUAAAGGCCAAGGGAACAUCUUUGGUCACACACUAGGCAGUAUUGGUAAACUAGGAACCAUUUCAUGGAAAAUAAAAGGUCCCAGUCAUGGAAUUGAAGGACUUGGUGUCAACUUUGGUAGUAAAGUAAGCAUUGCGAGCCAACAAGGAGGCAACAAAGGAAAUGUUGCCGUCGGUAUUCAAGGCAACAAAGGUACAGUAAUGCACUUUGGCAAAACUGCUGGUAUCGUUGGGUGGAAGGGGACAAACGUAGGAAAUGUUGCUGUUGGCAAUCAAUUCAAUAAAGGCCAAGGGAACAUCUUUGGUCACACUCUGGGCAGUACUGGUAAACUAGGAACCAUUUCAUGGAAAAUAAAAGGUCCCAGUCAUGGAAUUAAAGGACUUGGUAUCAACUUUGGUAAUAAAGUAAGCAUUACUGGCCAACAAGGAGGCAACAAAGGAAAUGUUGCUGUCGGUAUUCAAGGCAACAAAGGUACAGUAAUGCACUUUGGCAAAACUGCUGGUAUCGUUGGGUGGAAAGGGACAAACGUAGGAAAUGUUGCUGUUGGCAAUCAAUUCAAUAAAGGCCAAGGGAACAUCUUUGGUCACACACUAGGCAGUAUUGGUAAACUAGGAACCAUUUCAUGGAAAAUAAAAGGUCCCAGUCAUGGAAUUGAAGGACUUGGUGUCAACUUUGGUAGUAAAGUAAGCAUUGCGAGCCAACAAGGAGGCAACAAAGGAAAUGUUGCCGUCGGUAUUCAAGGCAACAAAGGUACAGUAAUGCACUUUGGCAAAACUGCUGGUAUCGUUGGGUGGAAGGGGACAAACGUAGGAAAUGUUGCUGUUGGCAAUCAAUUCAAUAAAGGCCAAGGGAACAUUUUCGGUCACACUCUGGGCAGUAUUGGUAAGCUUGGAACCAUUUCAUGGAAAAUGAAAGGUCCCAGUCAUGGAAUUAAAGGACUUGGUGUCAACUUUGGUAAUAAAGUAAACAUUGCGGGCCAACAAGGAGGCAACAAAGGAAAUGUUGCCGUCGGUAUUCAAGGCAACAAAGGUACAGUAAUGCACUUUGGCAAAACUGCUGGUAUCGUUGGGUGGAAAGGGACCAACGUAGGAAAUGUUGCUGUUGGCAAUCAAUUCAAUAAAGGCCAAGGGAACAUUUUCGGUCACACUCUGGGCAGUAUUGGUAAGUUUGGAGCUAUUUCAUGGAACGUUAAUGGCGCCAUUCAUGGCAUUAAAGGACAUGGUGUCAACUUCGGUAAUAAAGUAAGUAUCGUUGGCCAACAUGGUGUCAACAAAGCGAAUGUUGCUGGUGGCAAUCAGCACAAUGGUGGCCAGGGAGACAUCUUCGGUUACACUUUGGGCAGCCUUUGCAUUCUUGGCAAACUAGGAACCAUUUCAUGGAAUAUAAGUGGGGCUUCGCAUGGCAUUAAAGGACUUGGGUUUAACUUUGGCAGCGUUGGCCAGGAGGUCAACAAAGGUCAAGAAAUCGCCUUUGGCAAUACUGCUGGCUACGGUGGGCAGCAAGGAACCAAUGCCGGAAAUGUUGCUGUUGGCAAUCAUCUUAAUAAAGGCAACGUUAAUAUUCUUGAUUACACUGUGGGCACGCUUUGUAGUCUUGCGAAACUGGGAAGCAUUUCAUGGAAUAUUAAUGGUGCCAGUCAUGUCAUAAAAGGAAACGGGUUCAACUUUGGUAAUACCGUUAGUAGCGUCGGCGAACAAGGAGUCAACAGAGGGAACGUUGUUGUUAAUCAAGUCAGCAAAGGCCAAGAAAUGACCUUUGGCAACACUGCUGGCAGCGUGGGCCAACAAGGGAUCAACGCAGGAAAUGUUGCUGUUGGGAAACAACUUAAUAAAGGUCAAAAGAACAUCUUAGGUCAAACUCUGGGCAGUCUUGGCAAACUAGGAAGGAUCUCGUGGAAUAUCAAUGGUGCCAGCCAUGGUAUAAAUGGACACGGCGUUAACUUUGGCAGCUUCGGCCAAGAAGAAGUCAACGCAGGGAAUGUUGCUAUCGGCAAUCAAGGCAGUAAAGGACAAACGCUCACCUUUGGCAAAACCGCUGGUAGCGUUGGCCAACAGGGAGCCAACACGGGAAAUGUAGCUGUGGGAAAUCAAGCCAAUAAAGGACAACAGCAUGCUUUUAGUUUAACCGCUGGCAAAGUUGGGAAACAAGGAAACAUAGCGGGAAAUGUUCCGGUCGGUAAUCAAGGCAAUAACGGCCAAGAAAUGAUCUUUGGCAACACUGCCGGCAGCGUUGGGCAGCAAGGAACCAACGCAGGAAAUGUUGCUGUUGGGACUCAGCACAACGGCUGAUAAUGAUCGUUUCGUCAGUCAUUCCCCAGCGCUGAUUGCAGAUUUUAGUCAAAGAUCAGGCAUUUCUUUACUUUUGAAAUAUUGUUAUGUCAAAAUAUAAAAGGAGCGAUAUUUGUAAACGUAAAAAACAAUAAAGAGCUUUAAAAUGCCUA